AACCAGGAGCGCAGAGUGCUAUGGAGAACUUCACGGCACUGUUUGGAGCUCAGACUGACCCCCCACCGCCACCAAGCGCCCUAGGCUUUGGGCCUGGAAAGCCACCCCCGCCACCCCCUCCUCCUCCGGGAGGUGGUCCAGGCGCAGCCCCGCCCUCGACGGCAACCUCGGCCCCCGCAGGAGCGGAUAAGUCGACGGCUGGAAGUGGCCCCUUCUACCUGAUGCGGGAAUUGCCAGGCAGCACAGAGCUGACGGGCAGCACCAAUUUAAUCACACACUACAACCUGGAGCAGGCCUAUAAUAAGUUCUGUGGGAAGAAAGUGAAGGAGAAGCUAAGUAACUUCCUGCCUGACCUGCCAGGGAUGAUUGAUCUCCCUGGCUCUCAUGACAACAGCAGCCUCCGAUCCCUCAUUGAGAAGCCUCCUAUUCUUGGUGGCUCUUUUAAUCCAAUCACAGGGACCAUGCUGUCUGGUUUCCGCCUCCACACUGGCCCGUUGCCAGAGCAGUGUCGUCUGAUGCAUAUUCAGCCACCCAAGAAGAAGAAUAAGCAUAAGCACAAACAGAGCCGCACCCAGGAUCCUGUUCCCCCAGAAACACCAUCUGAUUCAGAUCACAAGAAGAAGAAAAAGAAGAAAGAGGAGGAUCCUGAACGAAAAAGGAAGAAGAAAGAAAAGAAGAAGAAGAAGAACCGACAUAGUCCAGACCACCCAGGUAUGGGCAGCUCUCAAGCCAGCAGCAGCAGCAGCCUCCGCUAAUAGGACUACUGGACUUGGCCAAGGAUGGCUUUCCUGUGAUACUGAACCUGCUGAUAAAAACUUGUCUUCCAGGCAGUUGGACCCUGUUGUGGGGGCAUCCAACAGCUGGAGAGGGGCCAGCCCCUGCUGUGCAUGUGACUAAUACACUUUAGGGAAGGACCAUGCUUUUUUAUGGUUAUGUCCAAUUGGCAUUUUCAUGGAUUCCUUUUUACAAGAAUCUGUUUUUCUUUUUUUUCCCUCUUUUGUGCAAUUUGAUCCUAGGACUUCAAUGUUUUGUUUUAAAGCGUGUUUAACAAACUGACCGGUAUGGCUGCCUUUUAAGAGGCAAGUGCCAUUCUAUUUGAAUCAAAGUUUAGGACAAGGCAUUAAGAUGCAAGAGAUUUUGGAUCUUGCCAUCACAUUAUUUCCUUAGCAGGCUGGAACUGGAAAAUCAAAAUGCGAAUAGAGAACAUGGUCUGAAAACAGUAACUUGCUACUAUUUUCCUACCAUAGACACAAAAUACUCGCUGAUUAUGCUCAGAGCAGAGUGCAUGGAUGAUCUUCACCUUUCACCUGGAAAGCUGGCCCAAAUAAGGUUUAUACCUGUGUUUAUAUACCACAGGGAACUGGUGAGCCACAAUCACGGAUAUAUUUUAGCAGGAAAAGCCAAUUAGUAUUUGUCUCAUUAUGCUCCCACCUUUUUCUGGAGCCUGACCCCUAAGACUUGUGAACACUAGGCAAGUUUUAUCUUUUCCUUUCCCUCUCUUGACUUUUUUUUUCCCCCCUACAUACUUUUUAAAUGAACCUCUGGCAAGAAGCUUAAUGCUGGAUUUGGUUGUUUUGAAAAAAGUUUUGGUUUGGUUUUUGUAGGUUGUUUUUUGUUGUUGUUGUUUUUGACACAUCACACUAUGCAACCUUGGCUGGCUAUGAACACUAGGCUGGCCCCAAGCUUGAGAGACCCAUCUGCCUCUACCCACCAAGUUCUGGGAUCAAAGGCAUACACCACCAUGCUUAGCUGUUUUUACUUUCAAAAGGAAACAAAGGAAUAGCAAGAGAUUCAACAGAGAGGAUGUAUUUGUUAUGAAAAGCUAGGUUUUUCUCACCCAGCAGGGCAUUUAAUUGGAUAGCCAGAAUAAAAACAGAACCAGAGAAUGAGGUUUCUCUUUUGACUCCCUAAGACCAUUCACCCUGCCUUAACCAGACAAAACACAAGUCAGGGGGGACUGGUUAGAUCAGGAUUUAUUUUAUUCCUUGUUGGUUUAAAAUGGCUAAUCAGAAUAAAAAAAUUAAAGGGUCUCUGUAUAGAGGCUGGAGUCUUCCCUGUUUAAAGGUUAGAACCCAGCUACCCCCUCUACCCAGCACCAUAUUGAGAUGGGCUAAGGGGUAAACCCCAAGGGACACUCGGAGGGGCCUAGGCCUGCCACUCCUUCUCUCUAUCCCAUUUUUGGCAUGUGAUGAAAAAUAUUGCUUUUUGGAUUCUUCUCUCCUGGCCUUGGAUUUUAAGAUUUUUCUGAUUAUAGGGAAGCAUUGAAGGGGCUCACUGAAGCCCAACACAGUCCCUGUCUCCCAAGAAUGGAGGGCAGGGUUGCCUGGUGUUUCUUAAAUUAGGCCAAGCUCUCUUCCUGAUCUCCCACCACCGUCAUGUAACUGACCCCUUUCCUGGGGAAACUAGAUGUGAAGGAGCCUAAAAAACUCUCCCAAGUUCUUUUAUCUGAGAACCCCAGAUGUACCCAGGUUUCUUUCCUAAUCUCUUAGCACCAGCAGAGAGUGCUACUUCCUUAGUUGGUAACUGGGACAAAAGAGAGGGAACCAUUGAGAAAAGGAAGACUUUAAUGUCUCUCUUUUCCUGCUGGUCUAAGGAAAGGGAAGAAUAAAAUCCCCCUCCUUAUGUAUAUAUAUAUAUAUAUAUCUAUAUAUCCCUCCCUUGUUUUCCCAUCCCAGGAUAGAUAUAUAAUUUCUUUGAUAUUUAUAAUAUAUAUAUAUAUAUAUAUGUACACACACACCUGGUAACGGAGAAGAGGAAAAAAAUAGAAUCCGUAACAAUAAUAAAAAAAAUUAUUUCUGGUUUAAAAA